AUGCCAGGCCAGUGCUGUCGGCUUCUGGGGACAUGGCCACACCACCGCAGGCGCCUCUGCAAGGCCUAGUGAGGCUGCUGCUCUUGGCAUGUGUGACAUCACGGGCUGAGUGUGGUAAGGUGCCGGUGGUCCCCAUGGAGGGCAGCCACUGGCUCAGCAUGAAGGAUGUUGUGAGAAAGCUCCAUGAUGCAGGACACCAGGCUGUGGUCCUGUCCCCUGAAGUCACAGUGCACUUGAAAGGAGAGGACUUCUUCACCCUGAAAACCUAUAUCUUUUGCUACACUGAGGAUGAAUAUAAUGACCUCAUGUUGAGCCAUAUUAAAUUGAUGUUUGAAACACAGCAUUAUCUGAAGACAUUUUUUAAAAGUAUGGCAAUGUUGAGAAAUGUUUCAGUGAUCUAUGACAGGUCUUGUGUGGAGAUGCUGCAUGACCAUUCGCUGAUCAGCCAACUGAAUUCUAGUUCCUUCAAUGUGGUUUCAUUGGACCCUCUUUUUCCUUUUGGGGCAACACUGGCUAUGUAUCUACGUAUUCCUGGUGUCUUUUUCCUGUGGGCUUCCCAUGUAGCCUGGACUUUGAGGACACACUGUCUGAAUCCUCCUUCCUAUAUUCCUCAGUUGCUCACAACAUACUCUGACCACAUGAGCUUGCUGCAGAGAGUGAAGAACAUGCUCUGUUCCUUUCCUUGAAUGACCUUUGCCACAUGACUUUUACUCCCUACCCAAAGAUUCCCUCUGAGCUGUUCCAGAGAGCAGUGUCUGUGGUUGAUGUUUUCAGUCAUGCUGCCAUGAAGCUCUUCAGAGGAGACUUUGUGUUGGAAGACCCCAGGGCCAUCAUGCCCCACCUCAUCUUCAUCGGGGGAGUCUCUGUGCCCUGUAAUGUAGCUCACUCACCUGUUCCAGGGACCGGGAUGUGGACACCUAUGUGGGGCCAUUUCACCUGCCCCAGGCUAUAAGCCUGAAUUCAACCCAGAUCUUAUUCAAGGCCUGCAGGUUUCCCUCUAUGAAACCACUGACAUUUUUGUUCUGGCUUCUACUCUAAGAACCCUUGUCACGUAGGAAUCCUGCUUUCCAGGCUCCAAGGCUGCCGUCCUACUCCACUUUCUCAUCUCUCUCUCCCCUCUAUUGCAGAGCAGCAAUUCUGGAAGCGUGCUUGUUGUCACUGAUUUUGUCCUCUGCACUCUGCAUUGUCCUCCUUUGCUUUCAAUGCCCAUUUCGAAGAAUUUAUCUGUUUUCCUUGUUACUGCUUUCCCUCAUUGUCCAGAAAUGAUUCUACUUUCAUGAGGUGGCACAGUAAAGGCUUCCUCUGAAAUUUGUAAAAUACAGGUCCUCAAAAUGAAACUUUCCCCCUGGCUUUACAUUUAUAUUCUCAUCCACUAUAUAGGAGAAAACAGGCCCAAUAGAAUAGAAGAAUUUCCCCUUAGAAAAGUAUACCUUUCCACAGCUUACUUUUGAGAGAUACAGAUAGAGCAUAGGCCAGUGAAUCCAGUCCUGAGGCUCUUGACUUGUUUCCUGAGUGUGCAGUCUCUCUGUGAAAGAGUUUAAGGAGAUUGGGAAAA